UAAGGAAAGAGUGUUGUGUAUGUAUCUUGAGGUCAAACUAAGUGGGAAGUUAACAAAUUUGUUUAAGUUGAAAUACAUCUGUAUUAAGAGUGAAUCUUAUUACAGCUACAGUAUAAAGUAAUAUUCAAGUCACAUAAGUUAGAAAUUUGAAGGAGUAUUUUGCAAUUUAAAAAGAGCAUUUAGCAUGACAUUUAACCAGACUUAUAAAAUGACUGACAAAGAUCAUAAAGAACUCUAUGCUCUAUCAAGUACUGAAGUGGAGGAAAAUGAUACUGAGCAAAUCUCAGAACCACAGACUGUUCGAAGAAGUGAAAGAGUUAGAACGUUAACAGAAAAGGGUAAAGCGCUUCAAGAGGAGAAACUUAAAAUGCUUCAACACAGAAUGCAGUCGGUUUUGAAAAAUGGAGAUAUGAAGCAAGACUGAGGAAAGUAAUAUUAAGAAAAGAAGCUUCAGACAGUGAAUUAAAGGAGCUGAUUAACAAUGUAAAUGUCACCUGCAUAUAUAUGCAAACCAUUUAUGAAGAAAUACGACAAAUACACACUGCUGGUGCAGACGCAAGACGCAAAGUAGAUGCAUGUACAUCACUUUCUGCAUUUAUUGUCAGAAGAGCUGAGAAACAACUGCAAGGAGACUCUGCAGAAGGCGACGAAGAGCCGUGGCCAGAUUUUGGGUCAUGCUUAGGAUCUGAAAGUACGACAUCAAGGUCAAAAUCCAGAAGGUCUAAAAGUAGUUCAGGUAGUUCACAAACAACCAAGAGAUUGGAAGCAGAGGCUGAGGCAGCUGCAUCUCAAGAAAUAUUAGCAGUUAUGGAAGAGCAAGAAAAAGAAACAAUGGAGUUACAAAAACUAGAACGCGAGAAUUUGGAAAGGUAGCAAGCAAUGGAAGAGCAGCGAAGAAAGAUUAAACGCUUGGAAGAAGUUAAAAAAUUGAAUGCUGCAAAGGCACGAGUAAAGAUUUAUGAUGAAGCUGAAAGUAUUUCUGAAAGUCAGAGUUCAUCACAGAGCAUUAAAGCAGAAAGUGAAAUCCAAGCAAUCCCUCUCACAGCACACAGUUCUUCUCCAGCUCUAAAUAUUACCCAUUUCCAUAAUGCUAAAAUCGUUGAAUCUAUGCCACAUAAUCCUACAGUAAUAAACCAAGCCCAACAAAGUCCUGCUGAACAACCUAAGGCCACCAUAAGCCAAACGCUUAAAGCAUCAAGUCCACCAUUCAUCCCUCAAGCCACACAGGUUUCCUCUGUUGUAGCUCAACAACAGUCAAAUUAUGAGCCAGUUGGCAUACUAGCUGAAGCAAUAAACGCUAAUCGUCUUCCAACUCCAGAACCUGCAUUGUUCACUGGUGACCCCUUAAAGUUCAAAGAUUGGCAGUUGUCCUUUGAAACCCUGAUAGAAAGGAAAAACAUUCCAAAUUAUCUCAGAAAGUAUCUUGGUGGACCCGUAAAGAAAGCAGUUGAAGGUUUUCUUCUAGUGGGGACAGAUAAAGCAAAUGACUCAGCUUGGAAAGAGCUAAAAAAACGUUUCGGAGAUCUAUUCACCAUAGGAAAAUGCUUCAGAGACAAGCUUCACAGUUGGCCUAAAAUAAACUCCAAGGAUGGAAGUGAGUUGAGAUAAUUUGGUGACUUCCUGAAGAAUUGUGAAGCUGCAAUGUUACACAUAAGGUCACUGGAGAUUCUCAAUGAUUGUAUGGAAAUCCAAAAACUCUUGCUACAACCCCCAGAUUGGUUGACCACAAGAUGGAACCGGACAGCCAUGAAAAUAAGAAGGGCUAGUGAUGGAGAAUAUCCAUCUUUUUAUGUGUUUGCAGAUUUUGUAUCCACUGAAGCAGACUUAAAGGUAUGGAAAUAAGUAAACCCAAACAAUUAUGCAAUCAAGUCAUCCAAGCAAAAAUGCUAACAACAAACUCAUAUAACACAAAUACUGUGACCUGUCCUUUCUGCAAAAGAAAUGGUCACAUCCUUGAUAAAUGUUUCAAAAUCACAGAAACCCCACUCCAAGACCGUAUCAAGUUUGCACAAGCAGAAAAGCUGUGUUUUGGAUGUUUAGAGAGAGGACAUCGUUCCAAGAAGUGUGACAAAAAGAGCACAUGCGAAAAAUGUCAAAAGAGACAUCCAACAUGUCUGCACAAUGAUGCAUUCAUUGAGCGUAACAGGGUAAUACCUGCAGUGAGUGAAAAGUCUCCAGACGAUGACGAAGCUGACGCUGAAGAAGGAGACAAACCAUCGGUGGCGAUCUCUAACAGGGUAACUCAAGCAACUUCAAGCACGUUGACAUCCUCUAUUCUACCUGUAUGGGUUUCCUCAAAGAACGACCCAGACAGAGAGGUUUUAGUUUAUGCACUACUUGAUUCACAAAGUGAUACAUCCUUCAUCUUGGAUGAAGUAGCCCAAGGUCUUGACACAAAUAAAAGUAAAGUCAAUCUGCGCUUGUCAACUAUGUCCACCAAGUCAACAGUUAUACCAUGUGACAAGCUGGUAAAUCUUCAAGUUAGAGGAUAUAACGAUGAAAAGAGAAUUACACUGCCACCAGUAUAUACAAGAGAGUUUAUCCCUGUCAACAGAUCACAUAUCCCAACGUCUGAAACCGCCUUAAAGUGGCCUCAUCUGGAAAAGCUGGCAGAUAAGCUACCUCCACUGCUCGAAUGCGAAGUUGGUCUACUUAUCGGCUAUAAUUGUCAACAAGCCCUCCUACCACGCAAAGUUCUUGCAGGCAAAGAGAACCAACCUUACGCACAGUUAACUGAUCUCGGCUGGAGCAUAGUUGGUUGUUCAUCUCAAUCUCAAAAUCACAAUGAUGUCAUCGGUACAAGUCACAGAAUAAUUGUUUGUGAAGUAUUCCCUGUUUCACAACCAGCAGUUGAACUCAAGCAGCAAGUACAUUUUGAAUGCAGAACUGAAGUAAAGGAAGCCAGUCCAACUGAUGUGAUUAAGGCUUUGGAAUCCGAUUUCUCUGAACAUGCAAUAGAUGACAAUCCAGUUUCACAGGAAGACAUUUUGUUCAUGUCAAAGAUGACCAAAGGUAUAAAACAGAAGAAUGAUGGUCAUUACGAACUCCCGUUACCAUUCAAAACAGACAAUCCGAAUCUCCCAAACAACAAGCAAAGUGCUGAACACAGAUUGUCUUCAUUGGAACGUCGACUAAAAAGGGAUGAGAAAUACUAUAAAGAUUAUUUCAAGUUCAUGAACGAUAUUAUAACUCGCGGAGAUGCAGAAAAGGUGCCAGAACAUGAGCUGAACAACAAGACAGCAUGGUACAUCCCGCAUCACGGGGUUUACCACCCCCACAAACCAGAGAAAAUACGUGUGGUUUUUGACUGUUCUGCACACUUCCAAGGAACAUCUCUCAACGAUCAUCUACUGACUGGACCGGAUCUCACCAACACAUUGGUCGGAGUGUUAUGCCGAUUUAGAAAGGGCCUCGUCGCCAUUAUGUGUGAUGUGGAAAGAAUGUUCCACCAAUUCCAUGUCAUUAAGGAACAUCAAGAUUAUUUAAGAUUUCUUUCGUGGGACAAAGGCAAUUUAAACUCCGAACCUUCAGUUUACAGGAUGAAAGUACAUCUUUUUGGAGCAGCGUCAUCUCCUGGAUGUUGUAAUUUUGGACUCAAACACAUUUCAUCGCAAGGUAGAAACAAGUUCAGCAAAGAGACUGUUGAAUUCAUCCAAAGAGGUUUUUACGUUGACGAUGGACUUACUAGUGUAACAUCAACAGCCAAAGCUAUACAGCUGGUCAAAGAGUCAAGGGAACUUUGCAAAACAGGCAACCUACAUCUGCAUAAGUUUGUGUCAAACAAUAAAGAGGUCAGCUCAGUGGAAAAUCCGGCUGAUCACGCCUCAAUGGGUUUAAAUGCUGCACAACUGAAAGAAUCAAACUGGUUGAAGGGUCCAGAUUUCCUUUGGAAAAAAGAUCUUCCAAUAAAAAAGGAAAAGUUGAAGGGACAGAUCCUGAACUCCGUACAGGUCAUGCACACACCGUGCAUUCAAAACAAGUGAAGCCUGUUCUAGAGCGUCUAAAGAAGUUCUCUGAUUGGUCGAGAGCUGUAAAGGCUAUUUCCAGACUCAAACGAUGCAUAGAGUUUAAAGGUCUUCAAGAAAGAACAAACAAAACAACAGAUCUUGAAGAGAGAAGAGACACAGAAGUUUUCAUUAUCAAGCUAGUGCAAAAGGAAGCUUUUACUGAGGAAAUUCAGAAAAUCAGAUCUCAGAAGUAAAAUUCUCUGCAAAUGGUAAAUGGACUGAACUUAUAUAGCGCUUUUCCAGUCAUGCUGACCACCCAAAGCGCUGUACA